AUGGAGAAAUCGCAGUGGGCAGAUCCGCCUCAGCCAACCUAUUCGAUACCUCCGAGCGAGUCAUUCGCGCAGACCGGUCCUCAGCAAGAUGAUCUCUUCGAUGAUAUCAUCCCAGCCGAUGAGGCCAUGCGCCUCCGUUCAGACGAGGAUUUGUUCAACGACGAUUUCACACCAAUCCCAGAACCAGUGACGGAGCAGGUCGCGCCAACAUCUGCUUCUCAACCGCAACAGACGGCCUCUCCUGAGAUCAGAGGCCACGGAGAGAGCUCGCGAGGUCGAGGUCGUGGUCGUGGAAGAGGCCAGGCUUCGCGUGGUGCGGCCAACGGAGACGCGCGCACUCCGGCGCAAGUCCAGGCGCAGACCAAUGCACCCGAGAGUGCGCCUUCCGGUCCUCGCAAAGAAACAACAUUCGCAGUUCGAGGGGAUCGUCAGGCGACGGGUGGUGUGAAGAAGCCGAAGCUAACGGAAGAAGAACUUGCAGAAAAAUUGGCCAGCAUGCAGAUCAAAAAUGCGUCGGCGGCGGCUGCGCAUGCUCGGGCGGAGGCUGACGCGGCCGCAUUUGCGGAACGAGAACAACAGGCGAAGCAGGUUGCGGAGCUGAAGCGAAAAGAAGAGCGGCGCGAUCGGCAGCAGAUGAUGGGUGAGCGAGAAAAGAACAGGCAGCGGAAACUCAAAGCGAUGACCGGACGGGAAUGGGAUGCAGAAAAGGAAGAAGUAGACGCAAGGCCUGAUGCGCGCCGGGGCUUUGGAGGUGACAAAGACAAUUAUAGUGACGGGCGAGAGUAUAUGUACCGGGAUCCCAAAGCAGCAAAUAGAGGCAAGGAUCGAGGACCGGGGCGCGGUGGGCGUGGUGGUCUACCUGAAGCGCCAAUGCCUCCCAAGCAAGAAGAUUUCCCAGCUCUUGCGCCGCCUGUAUCCAAGGCGAAUGAGAAACCAGCGGCCUCGGCAACAACUCUUGAGAUCAACACAUUGCCUGAAGCGUCAAACGGAAAGUCAUGGGCUGAACAAGUAGAGUCACCAGCUUCAUGA